AUGCUCCGAUUUGUUUUGUCCCUCGCAUUUUUCUUGGCUAUUCUGACUGUAUUUUCUGUUGAAGGACAACGUGUAUUUGAUAUGAUGGAUGAGCCAAAGACUGCAUCGAACGGACCAUCUGCAUUCUACCAACGCAAAACUUACCUCCAGCCGUUCUACCAAGCACCAACUCAACUUUUUUGGAGACGUUCUGAUUGA